ACGACACCCACUACCGAAACUUCCUAUAUCGGAACGCCGAGGACCUCUGGGCUUGUGACUCUCUAUCUUAACAGCAGACUCCUCUCCUAAGCCCGCUUGACGAGGAGCACCAUGAGCGAGUAUUCCGACCCUAUCGGUCAUAUUACCAUCGUGAGCAGACCCUCUCAUUCUCUGCCACCCGAAAGUGGGCCUCCACGACGAUGCGAAGGGAGGAACAAGAAGACCGUGCACCUUGGAGUACCAUCAACCCGCGGCGGACGGAAGGUGCCCAAAGAUAUGUCCUGGCCGGGGCAUGCUUCGAGCGGGAGUCAAGCUGUUGCAACAAGGAAGACCAGGUUCGACAUCAGAAUCAAGUCUCAGAGAAAGCAGGCUUUGCGCAAGAUCUAGAUAAUCACCCAGACGCACUCCGUCAAAGCGAUAACCGCGAGAGGCAACAGCAUCUCGAGGAACAAACUACUAGAUGCUCAUGGAGUCGCACAGUUGCUCUUGAAGCUGACAAGCUGCUGGACGAGAAAGCUCCUCGAGCAAUAUGGUUACUGGAAACCCCCGAAGCCGAAGAAAAGAUCAGUCAACAUAGUGCAUCUCCCACUUUGAACGUGAUGCUGUUUCUUAUUCAGCUCGCGCUCAUAACACCAAUUAGCACAUACCGGCCGCUACGAGAGCCAAAUCAGGAUGAAAGGGGGUAUAUCUGUACUCAGGGUCGGCCGAACUUGACGACUCUUGAGAGGGAGCACAUGAAUCUCGUUUCAUCUGCGGUCGAACUCUACUUCCCCUUCGUCUUUUCCAUGCUCACACACCCCUCAGUUGAGCUGUUCAUCAUCUCGUCGCUCGCUUUUGGGGUUCUUGUCACAUUAACGUAUCGCUUCAAUCGGUUCAGCGGCAUCCAAGAUGCGGUCUUUAAGGCCGCUGUUACGCUGGGUGUGGCAAGUUCUGUGUUAUCAAAUUGGACAGGUACUAAUGGGACUACUUUGGCGAUCCCGGUGGGUACCUCUUUCGGCCUGCUAUCCGGCAUAAUGGUUAGGAGGAUAUGGAAAUAGGAUACAAAGCGGCAAGGCGACAAGACUUGUCUGGGAGUGGAAUUUCGGCUGAAAAGUUG